AUGGACACAUCAGAGUGGAGUUCGAACCUUGCGGUGAGGAACAAGGAGCCUAUAGUCACCGUUAGAGAGAUCCUGCAAGAUUCCGAUGUCGACGACCAAACCUUAGAGCCAUGGUCCUCUCACAGUCCUCGUAAACGAAAUCAUCACGAAGUGGAGAGAAACUCGAUUAUUACUCCAUCGAUCCGAAAACCAAGCAACGAGAAGGAACAAGUAUCGCCAGCAAAGCGCCAACGCAAUGAUAGAGGCAUGGAAUCAAUUCACCUACGAACAGAGCACAAUGGCAAGAGUCGAGGAACUGUUUUCAUGGAAAGGCAGAUUGCUGUAUCGAAGAAGGGUAACAAAAGAAUUCCUGAAACGCCCAAUACUAGGAAACAACUUGAGGGCUUAACAGUGACGCUGUCGGGAUCAGCACCGCCAUCUGCUGGUAGUGGACCAGAACCCUCUGGUACCAAUGAGACCACGUCCAUCGAUGCAAAGAUUGUCCCCAUCACACUUAGUCCCGCACUAGCACAUCUUAGCUCUGCACACCACGAAAAACCCAGAUCAAGUUCUAUCUCUAGUAGCUCCGCAUCUCUUCAUGAUAAAUACCACAACCCCAAGAGAAACUACGAAAAUAAUCCACACAACACUUCCGAAGCUCAAACCCCUAAGAAACGCAGCGACAAGUACGAAACCAAGCUUGACAACACUGAAUCCAACCAGAAUUGUGAACACAUCAGCAACACCUUUGAAUCUCUCUUUCCCACAGUCAAAGAUUGGAUCGAGCAACAAAGGUCUCAAUUCGAUACUGUUACUGAAAGAAUCGAUAAACUUUUCAGCCUGAUACAACAAGGCCAACGACUACUUCAGAACGCCAUGACUACCGAAAAUGCUUCUAAAUGGAAGCUUGUGACCGACAGAUUCAUUAAUAUACUCGCAGAAGAUCUUAGGAUUGAUGAUCCUACCUUUGCAGUACUCAAUUUUGUACAAGAGAGAGAUUCCGUCGCCCAACUUACAAACGUGUACUUUUCAACCGACCCUCCCCAGACUUUGGAAGAACUCCAGCGGUUCGCCAGAUCAAGCAUGGGUGUAAGCUUGAGUGGGAAAGAAGAAAGGUUUAUCAGAGACAUUAAAUAUCUCAGCGCUACACAAACAAGGCUCGAGGAGGAAUGGAACAUGCUCAACUUAAAAGAAGACAAGAACAAUUUCAAAUUCAUGCUUGAGAUGAAUUCCUCUGAGCGAGCACAAGUUCUACAAGGGGCUUGGGAUUUGAAGGAGGAAAUUGCGGACUUCUACAUGUGUGCUGACACAAGAAGAUGA